CAACCCAUAAUCACUAUAAGAACUGAUUUGCAUACUAUUGAUCAAAUUGGUAACCAUUCGGAAGGAUCUGAAUAGCCUCAUAACAUCCCGCAUCCACCCCAAGAGAAGAACGGCCUGUUUCAAAUUGGUCAAAAUCAAACAUCGUUGAGCGCAUUCUCAAGUUCCAAAAUGGAGAUAUCUCACGAAACAUUCGAGGCCGAUCCGUUCAAGCGUCUCAGAAAAGAGCCACUGGGGAAGUCAAACUCGGCGGUCUGGGAGGUCGCGCGCGAGUCCGAUGGGAAAGUCUAUGCGCGCAAAGAGUUUUCAGAAACGGGACAUCGCAAGAAGGAAUGGUUCGGAAAUAUUAAGAAGGAAAUUAGUAACAUGGCUAAAGCCAAGCAUCCCCACAUUGUUAAGUUUUGCGGAAGCCAUUAUAUCGAGAGUUCCCAAAUCAUUGGCCUUCUCCUGCUCCCAGUUGCUGAGAUGAAUCUUGCCGAACUCUUCGACCGGUUGGACCGAAAACAGUACAAUGAUGUUGAACAGCUUGAAGUUCGCAGGAAAAUGUGCCGGUGGCCACCAUGUCUCUUCUAUGCUAUGGAAUAUCUACACCGCACAGGUCUUCGUCACAAAGACAUAAAGCCUAGCAAUAUCCUUAUUAAGGAUAAUCGAGUCUAUCUCGCCGACUUUGGAAUUUCGUACAACUUUCGCAAUGAUAAUACCUCCAAGACCGAUGGCCCAAUCGGUGCCAUCACUGAGCGCUACAUUGCCCCCGAAACCUAUGAUGAGCAGCCUCGUGGAAGGGCUUCGGACGUCUGGGCACUAGGCUGCACCGUACUAGAGAUUUGUACCGUCGCCUCAGGCGAGAAUUCUAUAGGGGAUUUGAACAACCACCUCAAGCAAGCUCGGUACGGUCGAAAAACGCCAUUUUGUCGAUCCGCAUAUUUCGUAUUCGAUUGGAUAUUCCUGCUUCUAUCGUGCCCUGGGCAAGACGACUUGUGUACACGCCCCAUUCAGAAGAUGCUACAACUCGCCUUCCUUAUGCUUGACCCUAAUCCCAAGACACGAAUCAGUGCGCGACAGUUAGUCGAUCUGUUAAACCCACUGGGAUCGAACCCUUUCGACUCUGUCGGCCGGUUGGCUUGCGACGAGUGUAAGCGAACAACCCUUGUCCCAUCGCAUGAUGCCACACCCCAUUCUGUGUUCAAAGAAGAACAUAACGGAGGCACGUACAUACCAUUGAAGGACGGUCUUUCGUCUGAGAAAGAAAAUCUCUGGGAGGAGGUCAAGCGGCGAUGGCUGAAGAGCCAUAUUCCAUGGAAUAUCAGAACCUGAGCUCCGUUUCUUCGCUCUCAAAAUAUAUCCAUCUUCCAGGUGCUAUUCGAUGAUAACCAAGUGAGUUGAUAUUCCUCGGAAUC